GAUUAAUCCAGGCGAUGGACAGCCCCAUCUUUUGAACGAGCAGGAUAUGGUUCAACCAUACGAACAUAGCUUUCAUGAUCGAUCGUUCCUCCUCCCUCUCCCUCCCGAAACUAUCUCGGUGUUGUUUGAUUUCGCAGGUCGUCUCCCGGUCGACAAAUUGGGGCUGCCCCGCGGAGCGAGCUAGUCGGUCGGCGGACACACUGGAACCCUGGGCCUGACCGGCUUGCCCGCGCUGAGCUUCUGGAGCGUCUGACAGACGACAGCGUAUCUCUCCCAAUGCCGAUUCGGUCACUACACGAUGCAGAAAGCGAGGAAUGGGCCAGGCACUGGGGUGAAGCCGCGCAAGGAUGUUCUGGCUUCACUCAAAAUGGCUUCGAUGGAGGAAAUCUCCAGGGCCUCCCUCCCGGCAGAGAUCAUGUCCUCAAUCCUUGACUAUCUUUCCCCAGUCGAUCUUAUACGAGCAGCUCGGUCGUCAAAACUUCUGCGCGAGAUAGCAUACGAUGAUACGAGAUGGGUUCAGAAGCUGAAACGGAUGGGAUGCUGGGAUGAGGUGGAAGCGAGAAAACACACGGAAGAAGUUUUUGGUACAAUCGCUGACAUGCCAAGUGUCGAGCGCCAAGAAGCUGUCGAUGUGCAGCAAACGCAUGGUGCGCCUGCUGGAAAGGGUUUGCAGGCCACCGAGUCUGAUUUGAAAUCCAUUUCGGACGGAUUCGACCAAAUCAGACUUUCCACUGCCACCGCUGUCGAUAUAUCGGACGGCUCAGACAGUGACCCAGUCCUGGGCGUGUUGAAACGAGUGAAAUCGAUACGUGGAGAGGCGCGCCAGGAGUAUGGAAAGAUACAUGCGGCGCUGGCGCCAUAUUACGAGGACAUUUCCACGUCCGGUGCCUCUCCAGACAAUCUGCUUUUCAAACAAUAUACCGAUCCGCUGCACCAAGCCAUUAUUCUUUCGCAGCUGCAAUUGUUUUCCAAAUGCGACUCCACGGACGACUGGCGUGAACGAGUCGCACGGUUGCAAACAGCUGUGUCGAUGUUCGAAACAGCUGCUCUUAAGGAGUUCCGACAUGGAUAUGAAACUGAGGACAUUGACGACAGGAUGAGGAAGUACGCUCAUGUACUCUACACUUUGAACGGCGGAAGCGCAGCUGCUGAGCUUUUCAUCCACCACAACCACCUUGUUACUCGAAGAUCAGAUCUCGGCAGAGUAGCGGAUUGUAUUGAUCCCCUAGCGCAGCAGGUCAAGCUUCAACAUACCCAGGUGUUUUUCACUCGACUGAGUGUGGCUUACAACGAAGAAGUCUCGAUCAUUAACCGCGCUUUCCCCCCGUCUUUGAAGGUUGCUACGCCUUUUAUUGAUAAGCUAGGACAGGAUGUAUUGUAUCCGUUCCUAACCGCCAUAUUUGAUGAGCUACAUCGCUUGGAUAUCGAAGCCUACCUGACGGCCAUUUCGGGGACUUUUGCCCAAUGUCUCAACCUGUUGGACACGCUGUUACCAAUUCAAAGCUCGGAUGAUAGUUUUGACGAGUUCUUGGAACGUGUUAUUGUGAAAUCAUACGAACCUCACCUGGAUCUGUAUCUUGCAGAGGAAUUGGAUCAUUUUCGAGCGGGGUCUGAGGCAGCUGUGGGGGAGUGGGAUAGACAACUGCUAGAACAGGCAGCUUCAACUGAGUCAUUCUUGAUGUCGAACAUCAAUAGACAGGCGGAUAAGCGGGACUUCCUGACCUCGUUCAAGAAAGUGAUUAUGGCACCGGUCGCUAUUCUUCCCAGCUUUUCGGGGAACAAGGCAAAUGAAUCAAAACGGUUCUCGGAACCCACCCCUAGCGACACAUCAUCUUUGAAAAGCCCCAAUAGAUUCUCGACCAUUGCUUCACCGACGACCCCUCCGAUACUGGACGCUCCCCCGACCACGGAACUUGCAGCAAAGGCUGCAAUCAUGAAGUCUAAGAUGGAGGGCAUUCGGUCACUUUUUAGCAUUGAAUUGGCCCUGAGCCUAGUCCAUGCGGCCAAAUCGAGCUUGGAGCGUGCCGCGCAAUUCGUCAAGAUUAAAGGCGAGUACGGAAUUGCCGUGAAGCAGCAGUGUGAGGCCAUAUUUGUUGCCCUGGUGCGAAUUUUAGGGCACCGUCACCUGAUCGGUGGCUUCAACAGGGCCGUUGACCACCUAUCGAACUACCGGCCACGCGAGCAAGGGGAACGGGAUCAAUCCGGUGUUGAGCCCUUGGUCACCUUCCUAGAGCUGGUGAAUGUAGGCGAUCUCAUUCUCCAAAUGAUCGACGUCUUUUAUGAGCAGGAGCUCAUCGGCACAAAACUGACGGACCGGAACGAUUUCCUCGAUCCCGCUGUGAAGGAGAAGAAGAAGUUCGAGCAAAACCUCGAUGAACGUGUUGCUGCCGGACUCAACAAAGGAAUCGAUGUCCUCAUGGAAGAGGUGGACUACAUUCUUGCGACAAGACAGUUGGCGACCGACUUUAACCCUAGCAUCUCCACUGAUCCGUACAGGAGAACGAUGGAUGUUAGCAUCACAGAAGCAGCUGCGGCUGUAGUUGAUGUGGUUUCGUCUCAUACGCAGAUGCUGGUCGGAAGCACGGACAAGAGUAUGCUGGACGUCUUUAACCAGGAAGUCGGACUGCGUCUAUUUUCGGCUCUGUGCAAGCAUCUCAAGCGACAAAGAAUCAGCGUCGAGGGAUCUUUAAAGCUAAUCAGCGAUAUGAACCAUUAUUUCAAGUUCAUCCAGAAUUUCAAGAACAAUGAUCUCCUUCUCUACUUCAAGGCGUUCCGGGAACUGUCGCAGAUAUACUUGAUCGACCCUUCUGAUGCCAAGGAGCUGGCUACGAUCAUCGCCGACGCGGAUCGCUUCAAUGGGAUCUGGCGGGUGGAAGAGGUCUAUGAGUUCGCUGAGCGCCGAGCGGAUUGGUACCAGGUGAAACGGGACGUUGAACGAGCCAUGUAUGGGAUUGGGUGUAAUGUUAUGUAAAGGAUUAUGCCCAGCAUUAUGAAGAUACGGUGUAUAUAGAGCUACGAAUACCCCAGGGCUUUGCCAUUUGCCGCAGCGUUGUGUCAUGGAUAGAGAGGGUAGACCACGGGGUGAUGCAACGAUAUAGAUUGGAUUAUGUACAUACACCUGGUCAAUCUUCGAGUGAAAUAGUUGACUGAAGGGUGAGCAGACCUGGGAGUUCAUGGCUUACACUGGGUAAUAAUAUCCAGUGAUGUCAACAUACUCUGUUCACGGUGAAGGUCCGGAUCGCAUUUCCAGAACCUUAGAAUCCACAUGUGCUUCUGG